AUGAGUGCAGCUAAAAUGUUGGCGGACUCCACCCAGGGGGAUCCCCUGACAGAUACCGCCCCGGGGAUGGGGGCCAAGAGGCGGAAAUCACAUGACAAAAGGAAAACAAAGAAACAGAAGAAAGAAACCAAGAAAAAGUCUUCGAAGAGGAGUAGCUCGGAAAAUGACCCGGACAGUGACCUCGACCUGGAGAAAGAGCUGAAACCGAUUGGUGACUAUAUCAAAGAUAGACGAAAGAUGUUAGAACAAAUGUUCCACUGUCUGAAGGGAGGCAGUCUACAACGAAAUCUCCCCGAUGUCCUCAAGGAACUCACAAUCGAAGAUUUGAAACGACGAUGUCAGAACCAGUUGGAAAUAAUGUCUAAAAAACGUAUCAUACGCAUCCUAGCAGGUGAUGAUCCAGCCAAUAUUUCUUCCUCUGGAACAGAUGAUGAAAGUUCAGAAGAUGAAGAUAUCCACAAAGGUAAAGAUGUCAAAGAAGAUCAAGAGCAGAUGGCAGAUUCAACAUCUCAGCCAGGAGAGGAACCGGAGGGGGAGGAACCGGAGGGGGAGGACCAAGAGGAGGAUGAAGAAGUAGAUGCUGAAGCAGAGGAAGGAGAUGUCGAUGAUAUUCAAGGAGAAGAGACAUUAGAGGAAGAAGAAGAUGUUGAGGAAGGGGAGAUGACUGAUGAAUCUGAUGAAACACCAAAGGAACAUAAUGCCCAGAGUGACGUGGAGAGUGGUCACUAUAGCAACACAGACACAGAUGGGCUUGAUGGUCAGCACUGUCCCAAGGAAGACAACUCCAUCUACAGUGGAUCACCAGAACCAGGGGAAGUGGACGUCCCCUCAGACCAGGAGAGUAUGACCGACCCUGAUGGGGAGGACCACUACUUAGCAGAAGUUGAGGAAGGUGAAGAAAGUCUAUAUGGUGAUAUGGAAGACACAGAGGCUGUAACACAAGAGAGUCAAGGUGGGGUACCAGAGGGCCAAGGCGAGGAUCAGGGGACUCAGGCUGAGGAGCAUGAGGGUGUCACUCCAGUACUCUCACAGAACCAGAUGGAGUUACUGGAACUAGAAAUGAGAGCUCGUGCCAUCAAGGCCAUGCUCAAAGCUCACGAGGUUCGCGAGAAGCGUUUGGAGGAGGGCUGA